AUGAGACUCGACGAUAGUCACAGUGCGCCACAAUCUACUCAUGUCGCGAUGAAUAAACAGCCAACGACCAGAGUCUCGAGCGUCUUGAAAAAAGAGGAACAACCAAAACAGACCGAAAUGCACUAUUGCCUAGAUAGAUUUUCGUUGCUGGACAACAUCAGGAACGUCAGCAUUGCCGACAUACGCCAGAAAAUAGCGUUCUCCUGCGGUAUACAGGCCUCACUGAUCGAAGACGCCUUUCCAUGUACGCCGCUUCAGGAGUCGCUACUUGCCUCCAGUGCGCAUCUACCAGGCUACAAUGUCGCACAAUACAAACUACGACUGCCCCCAGACGUCGAUGAUUUUGCUCUACAUGCCACUUGGAGCCACGUCUAUGCGACAACGCCCAUCUUGAGAACACGCAUAGUUGAUCUCGCCGGCCAGGGCUUGGUACAGGCCAUUAUAGACGAGCCAUUCGAAUGGACGACAGCCGACGAUCUCGAUGAAUAUCUGCACCAUGACAGUCAGCGAACCACAGGGACAGGGACUCCUCUUACUCGGUUCGCGCUUGUCCGUGACAGCAAACGCAAGCAGCGCUUUUUCGUCUGGACAAUCCACCAUGCGCUUUACGAUUUCUCUUCACUGCAAUUGGUUUUAAGAAAAGUGAACGAUGUUCACAUGGGCAAACAACCGGCUUCUUCAGCUUCAUUCCAAAAUUUUAUAAAGCAUAUUAGAGACAUGGAUGUCUCUUACGCAGAAAGGACAUGGAAGCAGCACCUGGAUGGUAACGAGGCACAAAUUUACCCUCCACUUCCGAAUAUCAACUACCGUCCAAAGGCAGAUCAAACCCUGUCAUGCGUGUUCAAAGAACUCCCGUGGUCCCGUAAAGCCGGCACCCAGACGAUGCCGAUGGUCUGGGCGGCAUGGGCUGUCCUUAUGGGCCAGUACGCAGCUGAAGAUGAAGCAGUCUUUGGAGUGACUACACUUGGACGACAAGCAAACUUGGCUGGCAUCGAGAUUAUGACUGGCCCUACUAUGGCAACUAUACCAUUAAAGGUAGAGCUUGAUAAGAAAAGUACCGUCACGGAAUUAGUAGGCAGACUACAGCAGUCAGUAGCAGAGCUAGCCCCCGUGGAGCAUUACGGGCUGCAAAGAAUCCGUAAAGUCAGCAGCGAUGCGGAGAGGGCUUGUGAAUUUCAGACUCUUGUCGACGUCAAUCUACAGGAAGAGUAUCUGAAUCCAAAAGUGGGACCAUUCGACCCUAAUUCUCUAGAGAAUGUCUCGGCCUCUGACAAUGCCCAAAACGGGCCACUCUCUAGUACUGUUGCAUUAAAGGUCCAAUUCAAAUUGCUAGCAAGCGGUCUGGACUGCAAGUUCACCUUUGACUCGCGCAUACUCGGGCGCGAUGAUGCGACCUCUCUCCAACGGCAGCUCGAGCAUGUUCUCCGGAAACUUUGCGAUCCGAGAAAUGCUGAUUUACAGCUAUCAGACUGCGAUUGGACAGCUCCGAGCGACUUGGAGCGUAUUUGGACCUGGAACAAGACAGUCCCUCAGAGGGCCAACGACUGCGUACAUGACUUGAUAUCACAGACAGCCCGCAGUCAGCCCGAUGCCCCAGCUAUCUGUGCUUGGGAUGGCGAGUGUACCUAUGGAGAGCUAGACCGAAUGUCUACCGACUUGGCUCACUACCUAGUCAACCAGGGUGUUGAGAGGGGGACCAUAGUGCCGCUAUGCUUCGAAAAAUCCAUGUGGACAUCCGUUUCAAUCCUAGGAGUAAUGAAGGCAGGCGGCGCUUGUGUGACCAUGGAAACCACCCAGCCAGAAGCCCACUUGCAGCGCAUUGCUCGUCUUGUCUCAGGGAAAAUUCUUCUAUCGUCGGCUGCCCACAUGGCGAUGGCAGAACGACUGGCAGGCGAUCAAACGAACGUGAUUAUACCCGAGGCCUUCUUCUCACAGCGCAUGGGUACGUCGAACACGUGUUUGCCUACUGUCGUCCCUUCGGACAUGAUCUACCUGAACUUUACGUCUGGAACUACCGGUACCCCAAAAGGCGUCAUGAUCACUCAUUCUAAUUUUAGUUCUGCACUUCUCCACCAACGCGGACCUCUCGACGUGCAGCCCAAGGAUAGAGUCUUUGGUUACGCGUCGUAUGCGUUUGAUGCCUCAUGGUCAAUUACACUACUCACAUUAACUACGGGAGCCUGUCUCUGUGUGCCAAGCGAAGAAGAGCGUCGUGGCGAUAUUGCAGCAUCAGUACGUCGCUACGGCGUGACAUAUCUCAAUCUUACUCCAUCUAUAGCGCGUUUGAUUGAACCGAGUGAAGUGCCCUUGGUUCGACACAUUAACCUUGGUGGUGAAGAAGUCCUUGCCGAAGAUGUUAUCCGCUGGGGGAAUUUGCAGGGGGUCGUCAACGCCUAUGGGCCUUCCGAGUGUACGCCCAAAAGUCUCCUAUAUAAUUACAUCUCGGAGUCAUCCAAGCUGGCAAAUGUAAUUGGUUGGGGAACCGGGCUAAACACCUGGGUCACGCAACCCGAGAAUCCCGACAAGCUGGCAGUCAUUGGUGCUUUGGGCGAAUUAUGGCUUGAAGGACCGCUCGUGGGUGCUGGUUACUUUGGCGACCAUGAGAAAACAGCAGCUACCUUCGUCGAGAAUCCUGCUUGGCUUUUGAGUGGUGGGCCAGGUCACUCUGGGAGACCUGGGCGCCUGUACAAGACUGGCGACCUGGUGCGCUAUAAUCCAAACGGUUCAUUGUCAUACACCAAGAGAAAGGAUGCACAGGUGAAGGUGCGAGGGCAACGUGUAGAACUUGCUGAAAUUGAACAUCACGUUCGGGAUGCACUCGCUUUCGAAAAGGGUGAAUUCAGUGUCAUUGCCGCAUUGAUCUUACCAAAAGGCGGCGAAAAUAAAAUUUUGACAGCGUUCGUUAGCACAUCCGUGGCUCAUGACACCGCCGGUAAGCCUGCACUUGGUGCUCGUGUAUCGCAAGCCACAGAAAUACUGGAGGAGCGUGUUCCAUCGUACAUGAUCCCUGGAGCAUUCGUGUUUCUAGAACGCAUGCCAAUAGGCGCUACUGGCAAGACAGACCGGAGGCAGCUGCAUGCAAUUGGGUCUUCCAUGACACUGGAAGAGCUCACCUUACUCGGAAACACUGGCGAGCAAGGUGAACGGAGAGCGCCUACAACGGCGGCUGAGCUUCGUCUGCAAUCGGCAUGGGCAAGUACCCUCCAGAUCAGCGCUGAAAAGCUGGGUCUAGACGACAAUUUCCUGAGGAUUGGUGGGGAUUCUCUCCUUGCUAUGCGGCUAGUCGGUGCUGCGCGGCGUGAGGGACUGUCAAUUAAGUAUUCAGACAUCUUCCAAAAGCCCACUCUUGCUGGCCUUGCAACUCUAGCUACGGAGAUUCUGACGGCAUCAUCGGACUCGCUAGAGCACAUUACCCCCUUCUCAAUUUUGCGGCCAGGAACAAGCUUUGCACACAUUCGUAGCCAUGCUGCUGCUGCCUGUGGUGUUCCACAUGAUCUCGUACAAGAUGCUUUCCCGUGUACGCCAUUACAGGAGGGACUGAUGGCGCUGAGUACCCGCCGAGAAGGAGUAUACGUUCGGCGAUUUGUGCUGCCCUUGAAAGAUUCAAUCGACAUUGGACGGUUUCGCAAUGCGUGGUCCCAAACGGCAGUGGCCGCCCCAAUUUUGCGGACACGCAUUAUAGAUGUAGCGGAUCAAGGCCUCGUGCAGGUAGUGCUUGAUGAAGAAGUAACUUGGGAAACCAAGGAAUCUGAUCUGGAUGAAUAUCUCGAAAAGGAGCAGGACUUCAGUGUCAGUCUUGGGACGCCCCUCGUGCGUUAUGAAUUGAUCAGAGACCACAAUCUCCAGCGGACCUUCUUUGUUUGGACAAUACACCACUCCUUGUACGAUGGAUGGUCCAUGUAUCUCAUGAUGCGACGAGCACAACAGCUUUAUCGAGGCCAAUCGCUGUCUCCAAUCAUGCCGUUCCAAAACUUCGUCAAGCGAGUAACCAUUGACACGGUGCAAGCUUCUGCAGAACGAACGUGGAAAGAAUACUUGACUGGACUGGAUGCACCACCCUUCCCGUCGACAUCUUCGACAACCUCCCAACCUCAAUGUACCAGCAUGUUGACACAUGCCGUCUCCGGAGUACAGUGGCCACGCACGGGGAUUACAGCUUCGACAGCAGUGCGUGCGGCCCUCUCUGUUGCAAUAAUGCAGUAUACAGGCCUUGAUGAGGCAUUAUUUGGAUCGGUGUCCAUGGGACGUCAGAUUGAUAUGUUUGGGAUAGACGAAGUAGUUGGGCCGACAAUAGCGACGGUUCCAGUCCGCGUCACUUCGAAACAAGAGGAAACCGUGGCCGAAUUUCUGCAACGCAUCCAGCAACAAGCAAUUCAAUUGACUGCCGUUGAACAAUUUGGCCUGCAGCGGAUACGACUGCUUGGAGCUGACGCUGAACAAGCAUGCCAGUUCCAAACACUUCUUGUUGUACAACCAAAGAGUCAAAAAAAUGUUGAGGACGCACUAUUUGAGUCUUCUAGCAAAGAGAGGGCUGCUGAGGAGCCAGUCAACGAGGCUGCAACGUUCAAUACCUACGCACUGAUGAUGGAAUGCACACUGGCCGAGGAUGGGCUGCUUUGUCAUAUGUGGUAUGAUUCUGAAAUCAUAUCAUCGGACAAGGCCCAGAGAUUUUGCUAUACCUUUGAGCAAGCGAUUCUUCAGCUGUGUAUGCCGGGGAAUGACGCAAAACGACUUACAAAUCUCGACCUCUUAAGCCCCCAGGACGUGAAAUCCAUCUGGGAAUGGAACUCGACCAUCCCCGAGAGCGAUUUAAGCUGCAUGCACAAGUUGAUCUCUCGUACGAUUUGUCGGCAGCCCAAAGCCGCCGCUGUGUGUGCUUGGGACGGCGAUUUGACGUACGAGGAGCUCGAUUGCCUUUCUACAAGACUUGCCCACAAAUUGGUUGAUCGAGGUAUUGGAGCUCAGGGGAAAAACGUUGUACCUCUGUGUUUUGAAAAGUCGAUGUGGACACCUGUCGCCAUGUUGGGUGUGAUGAAGGCCGGCGGCGCCUCUGUUACUUUGGACUGCAAUUUGCCAGAGCAGCGGUUGCAAUCUAUCGUCUCUCAGGUCUCCCCUCAACUCAUCUUGGCCUCGGCAAGACAGAUGGAACUUGCCGGUAGACUUGCAUCCGCACCAGUCAUGAUUGUCGACGCGUCUCUCCUGGAGCCGCCUUCAUCGUCGCUGAAGCUCGAUGCCCUGCCUACAGUAAGGCCGUCAGAUGUGAUCUAUAUCGUCUUCACGUCUGGUAGUACAGGGACUCCAAAGGGGGCAGUGAUGACACACAGAGGCUUCAGCAGCGCGAUCCGCCACCAGGGACAGCAAAUGGGCUACUCGGCUACUUCAAGAACCUACAACUUCGUCUCCCACAGUUUUGACGUCUUUUGGCAUGACGUACUUCGGACCUUCGUGGCUGGAGGUUGUUUGUGUGUGCCAUCCGAGGAUGACCGCAUGAACGACUUAGCAGGCUCAUUCGAGAGGCUCCGGGCCAAUUCGAUUGCCAUUCCCCCCUCAACUGCUCGAUUGAUUGACCCGAAACAUGUUCCAGGGUUGAAGCAUCUAAUCGUCGGCGGAGAACCGGUCACUGCCGCAGAUGUAUCGAGGUGGAAAGGCCGAGUUAACAACAUUAUCAGCGUCUAUGGUCCUGCAGAAUGUGUGCCGCCAAUCACGAUAGCAGCUUGCGAUCCGAAUUCUACUCUCGCACCUAGCCUUGGCCGUGGUGCAGGCGUGAACGUAUGGCUGGUUGAUCCUCGCGAUCACAACAAACUUACAGCCGUAGGUGCGACAGGCGAGGCUCUGAUCGAAGGUCCUCUAGUUGGAGAAGGUUACAUCAACAACAAGGAGGUAUCCUCGAAAGUCUUCAUAGAUGCUCCGAGCUGGCUGGUACGAACAGACAGCGGCCCGGACAACCUUCAACGCCAUUUGUACAAGACUGGCGAUCUCUUAAAAUACAAUGAGGAUGGAACUCUGAGUUUUGUAGCACGCAAGGAUGCUCAAGUCAAGCUCAAUGGGCAGCGCUUCGAACUCGCAGACGUCGAACAAAAUCUGUACCACGUCAUUGGCGCACACAGUGAUGUACAGCUCGCAUCGGAGAUAAUAUUGCCUGCUAAACAAGAGAAGAAACUUCUCGUCACGUUUGUGACUACUGCAAGCUUCUCUCGUGCUAUCGACGAUGCUGGCGCCAUAAAGGACCACAGGACUGCGUGGAUUGCGGCACUGGAGAAACGACUGCCCAAGUACAUGAUACCCAGCGCAUUCAUUCCUCUAUCCGAGAUUCCCAAAACAGCAACAGGAAAGAUAGAUCGCCGACGACUGCGCGCCUUAGGCGCCUCCAUGACCCUUGAAGACCUAAACUCGUAUAGCUCUGCAGGCCGCAAGCGACAGCCGCCAACUACAGCGGUCGAGUGCCUACUCCAGCAACUUUGGGCCUCUAUACUGACCAUUGAGCCGAGUCGGAUUAGUGCAAAUGACAGCUUUCUACAAAUUGGUGGAGAUUCAAUCUCGGCGAUGCGACUCGUCACUGCCGCGAAGCAGCAAGGGCUGGCAUUGACAGUGGCCGAUAUAUUCACAAAGCCAGUCUUGCAUGACUUGGCUAGCUCGGCCAAGAGGGUAAUGCAAGGAAAUUCCACCCGCAAGAUCGAGCCAUUCUCGCUACUCACCAUCGAGGAAGAUGUUGUAGAGUUGUCGAAGCGUGCGGCUAUCCUAUGCGGUGUGUCGGCCUCGCAAGUACAGGAUAUGUUCCCUUGUACACCGCUACAAGAAGCCCUGAUAGCACAGACUGCAAAGCAUGCUGGUGACUAUACUGCACGCUUCGACCUAGAGUUACGUUCUUCCACUAACUUGCCUCGUUUCAAGAGGGCCUGGGAAUCUGUUUACGACAACCAUCCAAUUCUAAGGACAAGGAUCAUUGAGCUUCCUGGCCAUGGCCUUGUACAAGUUGUUAUCGAAGAAUCUAUUCGCUGGAGCUACUUUCAGACCUUGGACGAGAUGGAAAUGACCAAAGAAGGAAGAAGCAUUGGACUCGGUACUUCACUCGUACAAAAUGAUCUCGUGGAAGAGAAAGAGUCAGGCCGCAAGUAUUUUGUCUGGACCCUUCACCACGCACUUUACGAUGGCUGGUCGAUACCACUUUUGAUGGAGGACCUUGCCAAAGCCUACCAAGGCCAAGUUCUUGCACCGUCUCCGCCUUUCCAAGGCUUCGUUUCAUAUCUACAGGAACGCGAUGAGCUCACCACAAAUGUCUUCUGGGAAACCAUGUUCCAAGGCUUGGAAGCACCAUCGUGGCCGGUAGUGGCAUCGACCACACAUCAGCUGCGUGCGGACACGCAUUUUACACAUACCAUUACUGGUAUAAGCUGGCCCAGGGAAAGCAACAUCACCGCCUCAACAAUACUACGUGCAACCUUGGCCAUCCUCAUAGGAGAGUAUAGCGCCGCUAGCGAGGUACUCUUUGGUGCUACAGUUAUUGGCCGACAAGCUCCUGUUGAAUCAAUCGAUCGCAUGACAGGGCCAACGAUUACGAGUGUUCCAAUCCGCAUAAAGCUCCCUGUGGAGCAGAGCAUCAACGAACUCCUUCGCGACAUUCAAAAACAAGGUAUCGACAUGAUGCCGUUCGAGCAAAUUGGCCUCAAGCGCCUUCGACGAAUAAGCGAUGAUGCUGCACAGGCAUGUCAGUUCCAAACGCUCUUGGUGGUUCAGCCUAGGCCAUCUUCUACGGACGACCCAUCGCGCCAACUGUUUGAACACUCCAUGCAUACCAAGGAGGCCACCAACGAAGACACUGUCAACGCGGCCUUCAACACGUAUGCCCUCCAAGUCGUCUGCGAUCUCAUGGAUGACGGUAUAAAAGCAGACUUUAUUGCCGACUCUACGACAAUCGACCAGACUCAACUGCGUCGAAUGGCUUUCCAGUUUGAGCACAUCCUCCGGCAGCUAUGCUCACUAGGGCAAGGCGCAUCAAGAGUCGCUGAUAUUGAGACUGUUAGCACCCGUGAUCGCGCUGAGAUUGGAGGCUGGAACUCGAAGCCCUGGACACCAGUGAAGCAGUCCGUCCUGGAGCUUCUUGAAUCGACGUCGCGUCGGAAGCCAUCUGCAACAGCCAUUUGUGCGUGGGAUGGAAGCUUCACAUAUGCCGAAUUGGAAAUGCUCUCAACUAAAGUAGCUUACAAUUUGGUUACAUUCGGAGUCAAACCAGGAGUAGUGGUACCUAUACUCUUCGAAAAGUCAAAAUGGAUGUCAAUAGCCAUGACUGCUGUAAUCAAGGCUGGUGGUGCUGGCGUCACCUUGGACUCAAGUCUUCCCGAAAAUAGGUUACGAUCCAUUGUUGAGCAAGUCAAUCCCAAGCUUGUCGUUUCUUCACCAGAUUGUGAGGUACUUGCAGGCCUUCUCACUACUGAGAGGGUAGUCUUGUUGGAUGAUCGCUGCGUGGCGCAAUUGCCAAGUCCUCCAGAGAACUAUCUACUUCCAGCCGUAACGCCUAAUGAUCCUUUAUAUAUCGCGUUCACGUCAGGCAGCAGCGGGCGGCCAAAGGGAGUCGUAAUCUCCCACGGUCAGUUUAGUAGCGCAAUCAAGCAUCAGCAACAAGGGCUCUGCAUUACAGAAGCCUCUCGGUGGUACGAAUUCGUUUCGUAUGCUUGGGAUGGCAUCUGGAUGCAUCUUCUCUUCACCCUGGCAGUCGGUGCUUGUCUUUGUGUCCCAAGCGAGACAGAUCGUCGGGACCGAAUCGCAGAGUCGAUGCGAGCUUUGCAGGCAAACUAUGUGCAUCUUACACCUACAGUAGCGCGACUGCUGAAUCCGUCCCAGGUGCCGGACAUGAAAUGCGUUGGACUGGUUGGAGAGGCGAUGCUCAAAUCUGACAAGGAUCAGUGGACACGACUCGGGAUCAAGGUUCUAAAUCUCUACGGACCUACUGAGUGCACACCACUGAGUAGCUUUGCCGAAAUGGGAAGCGAAAGUGAAGGGCCAUUAGUGAUAGGCAAAGGAUUUGGUGCCAACUUGUGGAUUGUUCGACCACAAGACACUUCCCACGACCUUGCUCCCAUCGGAGCAGUUGGCGAACUCGUCAUUGAUGGGCCGAUUGUGAGUUCAGGUUACUUUUCAGACGCAGUCAAUACUGCCAAAGUCUUUGUUCCCAGCCCAUCGUGGCUAAAACAAUACCCCCGUCAUGCUCGCGAAAACGUUGUCUACAAGACUGGCGACCUUGCUCGCUACACUUCGGACGGAAACGUAGUACUCGUUGGCCGCAAAGACUCACAGGUCAAGAUCCGAGGGCAGCGAGUUGAGCUCAACGACAUCGAGAGUCACAUGCGCACGAGCCUUACCCGGAAUGCACAAUCAGCCGCAUCACAAGAAGCUGAAAUUUCUGGCUUCGCAGACGUGCUCAUACCGGCAGAGAGCAAAAUCCCAACACUUGUUGCUUUUCUCCACAUUCACUCGGAAGAAGAUCUGUCUCGGGAUGAGCUGCGUUCAGUGGCAGGCCAAGUCGUCCCUGGCCUGGUGCAACAGCUUACGAGCUCACUACCCGCAUACAUGGUUCCGAAUUUUUACAUCCCAGUAGCUCAAGUUGCUACUACGGCGACUGGAAAGAUUGACCGGAGAUCUUUACGCAAGAUGGGCGAACAAUAUACUCUUGAUCAGCUCUCGGCACUUAAUCCUGAGCGAGGUGUUAAGCGACAACCAGUCAACGAAACAGAGGUCCUUAUUCAGCAGCUAUGGUCACAAGUGCUCAACAUUAAUGCCGAAAACAUUGGAUCUGAUGACAGCUUCUUCCAAGUCGGCGGAGAUUCGGUAAGCGCCAUGACUCUGGCUGCCGCAGCGCGAGAGCACGGUCUAUCGCUCACGGUCCCCAACAUCUUUCAAAAUCCAAAAUUGGAGGAUUUGGCUGCAGCUGCCGGCGAGUUGGUGGCUGAGGAUUUCGAGAUGUUGCCAUUCUCCUUGUUAUCACGUGGCAUGGAGGAGCAAAGUGUUCGGGUCCAGGCAGGGCGACUCUGCAAGAUGGAACCUGAACAUAUUGAGGAUGUCUUUCCAUGUACACCAAUGCAAGAAGGCCUACUAGCGAUAACAGCAAGACGGCCCGGUGCUUUUUCUGCUUGCUACACCUUUGAGCUACAGACCUCGGUUGACUCGGAUCGGUUCUGUCGAGCGUGGACCGAAGUGCUUCAGGCUACGCCUAUCCUGAGAACCCGCAUCAUCGACUUGCCUGGCCAAGGUUUUGUCCAAGUUGUCGCCAAGAUUCCUGAGCAAUGGACUGAAAGCGACAGUCUCGACCACCUCAGAGCGACAAAUCUAAGCAUGACGAUGCAACUUGGCCUGCCCUUGAGUUUGCAAAGUUUUAUCGUCGAAAAACAAACCAAGCGCCGUUUCUUCAUUUGGACAGUGCAUCAUGCUCUCUACGAUGGCUGGUCUCGGUCUCUUGUAAUUAAUCGAUUGGAAAAAGCAUACCGCUCGGAAACACUUGGACCAUCGCCACCGUUUCAGAUGUUUGCGAAACAUCUAGCUGAUGUCAAUACAAAACGAUGUAAAUCAUUUUGGCAGGAGCUAUUUUCGAGGAUCGAAGCGCCCUCAUUCCCAUCACUGCCCACUCCAGCAUACGAGCCACAGGCGGACAAGAGCAUCACAAGCGUAAUUUCCAAUAUAGAUUGGCCCAAGGGCGACAUUACCCCAUCAACAAUGGUUCGAGCAGCAUGGUCGAUUCUGACUGCAGAGUACACUGGGGUGGACGAGGCAUUGUUUGGCGUCACCGUCAUGGGUCGUCAAGGCGUCCAGGGCAUCGAGCACAUGGUUGGCCCCACGAUUGCAACCAUUCCAGUCCGCAUAGUCCUCAACAAACAAGAACCGCUUGAAAACUUGCUCCGCGGAGUCCAGCAACAAGCCGUGGAGUCCAUGGAAUUCGAGCAAAUUGGUCUACAAAACCUUCGUCGUAUCAGCAGCGAUACCGAGAGAGCCUGUCAAUUCCAGACGCUGUUGUUGAUUCAACCAAAGACUCUGGCAGACGAUACGAACAAAACCAGAGAACUCUUCCAGCAUUCUCUAGGUGACGAGAAGGCGAAGGUGGCAAAUUCCGAGGACAUCAACGCCGCGUUCAGCAGUUAUGCACUUCAACUUAGCUGUGACCUAGGCAGAGAUGACCUGACCUUGAGUCUUGUCGCAGACACGAGCAUCAUUAAUGAAGUGCAAUUGCAACGUAUUCAACGGCAAUUCGAGCACAUCAUCCGCUUACUAUGCAAAACAAAGCCCGACGCCAAGCUAGGUGACAUCAGCAUCACAGGUCCACACGAUCGACAAGAAAUUUGGCGGUGGAAUGCAAGCGUGCCCGAAACAGCCGCUGUGUGUGUGCACGACUUGAUUGAAAAAGCUGUCAAAACAAAUGAUCCAACAAAAUUGGCUAUAAACGCUUGGAACGGGAGCAUCACCUAUGUCGAACUUGAUCGGCUGUCCACUCGUCUCGCUCGUCGGCUAUGCAGUCUAGGUGUGAGUCGAGGUACAAUCGUUCCACUCUGCUUUGAGAAGUCUGUCUGGACUCCAGUGGCACAGGUUGCUGUCAUGAAGGCAGGAGGCGCAUCAGUUGUAUUGGAUACAACUACACCUGAGCAGCGGCUACUAGCGAUCAUUCGGCAGGUUCAACCUUUGGUGAUAGUAUCGUCGACUGCAAAUGAGCAGCUAGCUAGCCGACUUGCCGAUGCAACAGUAGUGACUGUUGAUAUGGAUCAAUUAUCUCAGCUUACGGAUUCGGGUUGCGCACUACCUGUCGUUCAACCUUCUGAUCUGCUGUACGUCGUAUUUACUUCCGGCAGCACGGGUCUUCCCAAAGGAGCGCUUGUCACACAUCAGAACUUCAGCAGCGCGAUCCAGCAUCAACAGCAUCGUCUCGGGAUCGUUUCCACUUCCCGGGUUUACGACUUUGUUUCGUAUGCAUUCGACGUUGCAUGGUCCAACCUUAUACAGACGCUUACAGCAGGAGCGUGCUUGUGCAUCCCUAGUGAAUCUGAUCGAAGAGGAAAUAUCGCCCAAUCGAUACAAGAUCUCCGAGCCAAUUAUGCUCACUUGACACCAACAGUGGCUCGGAAUAUUGACCCUGCAGCUGUUCCUGGACUUCAGACAGUGACUCUGAUUGGCGAACCUGUCUCGCAAGCUGAUAUAAAACGAUGGGCUGACCGUCGGGUCAUGCUGAAUACUUAUGGCCCCGCUGAGUGCACACCUGUGAGCACAAUCCAAGAUCUUAAAAUAACGGAUGUGGGUGAGCCUCGGAUCGGCAAGGGUAUCGGUGCCAACACAUGGAUCGUCCGUGCAGAUGGCAGCCCAGAUCUGUGCGCAAUCGGUGCUGUUGGCGAGCUCGUGAUAGAAGGGCCAAUUGUCGGUUCUGGCUACCUUUCAGAUCCCGCGAAAACCGCCCGUUCGUUCAUCGAAAACCCUCCUUGGCUGCUACAGCGCGAGGACGGACUUAAAGGUCGCAGCGGACGGGUAUACAAGACUGGAGACCUGGUCUGUUACGAGUGGGACGGCAAUCUGAGAUUCAUCGGCCGCCGAGAUACUCAAGUCAAGAUUCGCGGUCAGCGAGUCGAACUCGGAGACAUCGAGAACCAUCUCCACAAGCACCUCUCCGUAUACAGCGACGUGGAAGUCGUGGUCGACGUUCUGUGUCCAAGCGGAAGUAAUAAUCCUAUUCUCGUUGCCUUCAUCUGUCCUUCAGGCGCAACUACGAUUUCUGAAUUGGAUCUCAUUGCCACGGUGCAGCGUAUGACAACAGGAAUUGAGCCGAGACUUCGAGAAAAUCUUCCAUUGUAUAUGAUACCUAACGCUUACGUUCCAAUGCCUGUUAUGCCGGCCACAGUCACAGGCAAGCGUAACCGGACAGAGCUGCGGAGAUACGGUCAAACUAUGACACUUGAGCAAUUAAUCGCACUGGGUGCAAGGCAACGGAAGCGGCAGAAGCCUUCCACUCAGCUAGAACGACAAUUGCAAGAAAUUUGGGCCUCUAUCCUACACGUUGCUCCAGACUCAAUUGGAUCAGAGGACAGUUUCUUCCAGCUCGGAGGAGACUCCAUCAUCGCAAUGCGUCUGAUUCGAGAAGCAAGCAUUAGCGACCUACCCUUUACAAUUCAGGAUGUCUUCACGCAUCCGCGACUCUGUGACUUGGCAACACUCGUGGAAAAAUCUGUCUCCAAUAGAGCAAUCGUCGGGCGCAAUGAAGAUGCAGCACUUGAUCUUCGUAGUACGCAAGCUGUCACUGAUGGUGACCAGGCGAAGACUAUGCUCGGAAGGCCGGUCACUUCAUUCCAGACAAGGUGUAUCGAGGCCACAUUACGGGAAGAUAAACAAUGGUUGAAUUACUGUUCGUUGGACUUUCCUCCUCAUACACCGACAUCGCAAAUUAUCGACGUGUGCAAAGCAUUGUGGGAUCAAUUUGACAUCCUCCGCACUGUCUUCAUCCGGGAUCAAGAUCGAUAUUUGCAGAAGGUGCCGCCAGAGCAACAGCUCAGCUACAGCAUCGAGGAGCACGAUGGCGAUAUCAACAUCUUGACCAGACUCGUGUGCUUAGAAGACUUCAAAGAGCCUGUAAUACUUAACGCUUGCUUCACAAAGUUUUUCAUCAUCGCCACUUCAGCAGGCGAGAGAAAAUUGGUCUUGCGGCUUUCGCACGCUCAGUACGACGGCAUGAGUCUCCAAUAUCUCCUACGGUACCUUUCUUCUGCCUUCCAAGGAGAAGUGCUACCCGACUCGCCGCGAUUCACUGACUUCAUCGACCGAAACAUGAUGGACACGGCAAGCUCAGAUCGUUACUGGCAGUCGCUCUUACAAGAUGUGCCGAUGACAACGAUCCCUGCACCUCAAGGACCGUUGACCUUUGCACAGGUCGAAGCUAUCCCCAAGGCAUCUUGCACCAGGGAGGUAGGCUUCUCCGCGACGCACAGCGAUAUGACACCCGCCACGGUGUUCACAGCCGCAUGUGCGUGCGUGAUUGCGGAAGUGACUGCGACGUCGGACGUCGUUUUCGGCCGGCUCAUCACUGGUCGCUCUGUCCUCGAACAAGCUUUGCAGGAAGUCGUAGGGCCGUGUGUCAAUUUCGUGCCUGUGAGAGUCACCUUCGAUCAGGGUGAUAUAUCUUUCAAGCUUGCGCAACAGGUGGUGCAGGAACAAUAUGCGAGAAGUCUGCCAUAUCAGACGACAGGACUCGGCAAUGCCGAGGUGGACCCGCGCAUGACGCGGUUUGGCUUCACUGUUCACUAUCUGGCCGUCGACGAUCGGCCUAGUAUAAGUUUAAACGGAAGCCAAAGCCGGCUCGAUUUCUGUGAGCUUCCGGCAGGCUAUGAUACGGGAGAGGUAGAGAUCAUGGCCAAGCCGUCGGGCGAGUCACUCCACAUCACCGUGACGGGAGGAACACACCGGGCUGAUAUGCUGAGCGACGUACUGGACAGGCUUUGUACGCUGUUGCAUCAAUUUUCCCGCUAA